AUGUUCGGCAGCCUCUUCUUUAUCUUUAACCGCCUGGUGGAAAUCGUCUUCCUGAUUCCCAUCAUCGGCAUUUUGGCCUAUUUCGUCCAUGGCUAUCUCCAAGCAAACAUUCUUGCCCCACCCUACAUUCUGGUCAUGUUCAUCGUCAGCGUCCUAGCCGUCUUCUGGUGCCUAGACACUCUGAUCCGGUACAGCUCAACCAAGCGCUCAGCAAUCUUCGUCUCCUUCGUGGACCUGCUCUUCUUCGGUGCCUUCAUCGCAGCCGUUUACCAACUCCGCUUCAUUGCCACAUCCGACUGCGGACACUGGGAAGGCGGCACCAACUCGGUCUGGGUUUCGCUGGGUCCAUUCGGCGAGUACGGCGCUCGCAUCGAUAGUCCCGAAUACAAACUUAACAAGACCUGCGCUAUGCUGAAGACUUGUUUCGCCAUGGGCAUUAUGGAGGUGAUCUUUUUCAGUUGGACUGCGUUCUGGGCGCUUUUCAUCCAUACUCGUUCGCGCGAGGUUGUUGUUAAGGAGACUCAUGUUCGUCGGAGGAGUCACUCCAGUCGUCGGGGCCACUCUUCUGGUGGAUCGCACCACCGUCAUCGCUCUUCGAGUCGGCGACCUGCGUAUGUGGUUUGA